UACUUCCUUCAUUUUGCCUGUGUGUCACAGUGGCGGCAGAUAUGCUCAUGUACGAAAGAAAGUGGUAGAGAAAAACAAAAAAAUUACUUUGUGAGCAUGGCUGAUUCGAACGCGGUUUUGCCCGUAAGUCGCAAGAGAAAAACUACAACCUUUGCGGGGAGAAGUGAGAGUGCGCAGCCGAGGAACGGGAGGCCGUCAGCGGCUCGUGUGAGCGCGGUGGCCGCGGACAGAGAGGCAAAGAGAGACCGCUCCCUGGAGUCUACCCGGUCCAACUCCAACAGUGAAAAAAACGACCGCAAAAGUGAGAUAAAUACCAGACUGAGCUGUCACCGGACACAGGAGUCCCUGCUGAGUUCAAGCAGUGGGUUCAGCAACUACAGAGGAAUCCUCAACUGGUGUGUGGUCAUGCUGGUGCUGAGUAAUGCUCGCCUCUUCUUAGAAAACUUGUUAAAGUACGGCGUUCUUGUUGACCCUGUUCAGGUGAUUUCCUUGUUUCUGAAGGAUCCAUAUAGCUGGCCAGCAGUGUGUCUGAUAAUUGUGUCCAAUGUUUUCAUUCUGGUGGCUCUUUACAUUGAAAGGCAGCUGUCAAAGGGGUCUUUCAGUGAAAUGGUGGGAUUGCUGUUCCAUUGCAUUAACCUGACGGUCAUACUAAUCUUCCCAGCUGCAGUUGUGUUGUUCGUCCCCUCUACAACUCCAGUUGGUGGUGCGUGCGUCCUUGGCUCUUACACUGUGCUCUUCCUCAAGCUUUACUCCUAUAAGGACGUCAACAUGUGGUGCAGGGAGAUGAGUGCCAUCAAGGCCAAAAAACUGUCCCGCUCUCUGUCCUGCCCCUCUGCACACCACUUAAACAGAGUCGAUCAAGUCUGUUACCCUGGCAACCUCACCCUCAAAGACAUGUACUACUUUGUCUUUGCUCCAACUCUGUGCUAUGAGCUCAACUUCCCUCGAUCUGCAAGGAUCCGCAUGAGUUUCCUGCUGAAGAGGCUGUUUGAGAUGCUGUUCUUGAUCCAGCUGUUAACUGGUCUCACUCAGCAGUGGAUGAUACCCAUCAUUCAAAGCUCCAUGAAACCAUUAGAGGACAUGGAUCUGUUCAGAAUGACUGAAAGGCUUCUGCGAUUAGCUGUUCCAAAUCACUUGUUGUGGUUGAUGUUUUUUUACUGCUUCUUCCACUCAUCUCUGAAUUUCACGGCUGAGCUGCUGCAAUUUGGAGACAGGCAGUUCUACUUGGACUGGUGGAACUCUGAGACGGUGACGUAUUUCUGGCAGAACUGGAACAUUCCAGUCCACAAAUGGUGUUUACGUCACUUUUACAAGCCGCUGCUAAAGAGGGGAUUUAGUAAAAAAGUUAGCCAAUCAGCAGUCUUCUUCUUGUCGGCCUUCUUCCAUGAGUAUCUAGUCAGUGUUCCUCUCAGGAUGUUCAGGCUUUGGGCCUUCAUGGGCAUGAUGGCUCAGCUUCCCUUGGCUUGGUUUGUUGGUCGCUUCCUUCGAGGUAUCUAUGGCAACACUGCAGUCUGGAUCUCACUCAUCAUUGGUCAGCCAUUCGUUGUUCUGAUGUAUGUCCAUGACUAUUAUGUCCUACAUAACACAGUCCAAGCUGACUGACACGCCAAACGCCCACCGUCCAGACAGCAGUCCGCCCAACCUUUGUGAGGCACACAAAUGAUACUUUCGUCCAGUCUAGUGAGCACUGAGCACUUCAGCUAGAUCCUGAUCAGAACUAAGCAUGUUUGCAUUAAAGGGGAACUUUGACAUUUUUCAACCUGGGAUUUAUAUUUGUUUUGGGGAUUCAUUUUUUUCACUCUAGGCAAAAGCUAAUUAAAUCAGAACAGUAUUGAUUUAGAGUGAAAACACUACCACAGGCUAACCGGCUAAUUAAUGUAGUUGUAUUGACAAGCUAAAAACAUUCACAGUAAACCAUUUCUUGUCACCACUAAAGAGGUGAAAAUGACAUAAGAAGAGUUUGGUAGCAAUGAGAGGAGCCCUAUGGAGGUAAAAGUGUACAUGUUUACCUCCCUAAAUGUAAAGAAACUUUUACAAAAAAAACAGAUUAUACAGUUGGUAACUUACCUUCGCCUCAUAGCAGUCAUCCCAUGGCAGCUAACUACAUAAUUGGUUUGUUAUAAAGUUUCUUUUUGCAUCUUUAGUGGUGACAAGAUGCUGUUUGCUAUGUGUAGUUUUGGCACCCAUUUUUUGGUUUUGGCAUUUACGCAACAGUCAGAUUAGCUGCGAUCGACUGCAAGCGACAGAGGCCAAGUGAUGAGCUGCCAUUCAUUUUCAAUUAUAGUUGGUGGUUUGCAGUAACAAGACACGGUGGUUGAUAUGCCACCAGGUAGGUGGGGCCAAAAUAGAGAAGUCUAUUUUAUGCAAAUACUGAGCGACUCAACAUGGUGACUGCCAAUCUGAAUGAAGCCAGCAUGAUGUUGGCUGGUUGCUCGCUGAAACAAAAUAAUCCAAGAUGAUGGAAUAUGAUCCCAAACAGCUGUUUUUCUAUGUCUGUAUUUUAUAAGUCUAAUAUUUCUGACAUUUUUCCACAUAUUUUAUAGAAGUUAACAAAAAUAUACUCUUUUAAAUCUUAAAACACUGUUUUUGUAACCAGAUAAUACCUCUGAAGUGAUUUACAAGACAUUUUACAGAGAUGUUGGCAUGCUAAGGAGCGAUACAGGGAUGACAAAUCAAAUUAAUUUUGGUUCCGUUAAGCAGUCAUGACAGUGUCAGGCUUUUUCGUCCUUGAUAAUCUAUCAUUAAACAUUAUGCACAUUAAUGCCAAGUAACCACAACCUGGCCAUGCUCCAGGAACGGCCAUCAAGCAACAAACAACAACUGCUUAUCACCGUCAUAGUAGCUAAUCUGACUUUAUAGUUACAUUAUGUAGUUGUUUAGCUCUUCAUGGUGCAAGGAUUCUAAAUGAAUAAUGCACCAAUUCAAUUUGUUCAGUUCCCAAAUGAAAAGUAAACCCCAAAAUAUUGGAAAACAGAUCCCAGGUUGGAAAAAUAUCAAACUUACUUUUUAAACGCUUUGGCUUGGCUAAGUACGAGAUAUUUCUCUCUGCUGGGAAAGUUACAGAUAGCUGCUUUAAAAAAAAUUAUUUAGACAUUUAAAGAACAGGAGCAUUUUUGUAUCAGAUAUUAAUGCAGCUCAUCUCUCAGGUGAUUUUUGUUUGACUUUAUUACUAAGAACCUCUGCUGGCAGGUCUGGUCUAUUGCUGUAUGCAUGCUGAAUAUACUGUUACUAUAAAAGCAGCAUAUUUUGAUUUCAUUCACAUUGUUACCACACACUCCGUCUGCUGUGGUAACGGUCUUUUCCAGGGUUACUUUCAGGCAGCCAAAACACUUGCUGUUCUCACCAAUCACAGCAGGCAAUAUUGCAAACAUUUCCAAUCGCUCCGCUUGCCUGAAUGUUUUUCAGCUAAAAGAAGACUGCACAGAAAUUCAUAUCAAUUUUGAUUUAAUUAGCCAAUCUGAAAGUGCGCAGGACUUGGUAAGCAGAAAGGAAAACUGAUAUUUUUAGGUGGAUAUGACUAUGGGUUUGUUUGUUUGCUUUUGUUUUGGGCAUCCAAACGCACACCUCUUUCCAGUACAUACAUUCCCCUUCACAUGUAUUGGAACAACAUUAAUUAUUUAAUGAUGCUGGCAGAAGCAUACCAUCUUGUGAUGACCUAAGUCGUUAUGUGUGUUUGUAUAUUUGCUACAAAUAUAUCAUGAACCUCUCUGACCUUCACAUUUCCAGCUAAUCAUGAAUGAACAAUGAUUUUCAUUGUUUUCUUAGCGAAAGCUCAUCAGAAUAUGAUACAGGGCUAUGGGGUUACAAAAAGUCCUAUCCCUGCUGUGCACACUGAUUUUUUUUUUUUUUUUUUUCCUUUUUUAAUAAAACUCAUUAGUUUAAGUUAUUAUAAACCAUAAAUUUUUGGAUAAUAAGGGCCAUGGUUGCUAUGUGUUGACUGGUCUAUGGCCCCAUUGGCAGUGGUUGUUGGCUGCUGUGGAUGCAUUCAUGUUUCACCUUUGAGUAUCACUAAUAUAUGAGAUAUUAUGGCUUGCUGUGUGGUUAGUUGUACUAAAGCACUAUCUAAGGCCUUGUCCGCACAAAAACAGAACUUUUCCUAUACAGUCUUUUUCUUUGUCAUUUUCAAAAAUGUUCCUUAAACACGGAACCAUUUCAAGAAAUAUCUGCAUCCACAUGAAUCCAGUGAAAACGCUGUUGUACUUAUGCCAGGCGUAUAGGUGGUGCUGUAAUGCUCCCACAAAAAAACGGAGAACACGACAUGGUGCAUGCGCAUAACAAGCUAUAAGUUUACAAAUUUUAAUCUGACCUUUUGCGUCCUUUCUGCCGGAUUCAUCAUCACAACCUGCCAAAAACUUAUCCACAUAACACCACAAUUAUCACCAAUAAGAUACAAAACUUUUGCGGGUAUGCCUAAACCCAUCUCCAUGUGGACCUGUCUCCAGUAUUUCCAUUGUAAGAAAUUUUGCAUUAUUUAAAUUGUAUGUUGACAACAUUGACACUAAUUUGCAGUUAUCGAUAGCUUAGUGACGUUAGCUCCACUGAUGAUGCCGCAUUUACUGAGGAAAUAUGGCAGUCAUAGUUUUUAUAUGAAAAUUACCAUCCAUUCUGCCAAAAUAGCAUUAAUCAUACAAUCCAUGGAGAGCUUGUCAAUCUUAACUUUGCUUGUUUUGGUUAUGCUUGUUAUGGCCUUGUUUAGUCUUCAUUUGUUCCGUCCGUUCUUACCCACACUCCACUUUAUUACCCAUUUACAGCUUGGCUCGGAGUUAGGUGGAGUUGGGCACUGCCAAGAUGGCAUUUGGAGCUACUCCAUUUGGGCUUCAUACCCCCUCUUUAGGAAAACCAGUGUAUAUACACUGUAUCUAAGGCAAAUAAUUGCUGACAUUCUAAACUCUCUUUUCAUGUGCAUUUGUUCUCAAAGCCAAAAGUCUUCAAUGUACAGUAAAAACAAAGGCAUGAGCAUUGUUGUUCUACUACAUUUGGAGAGUCACUGAUCGCCUCCAUCACAUUUGAUUGAUGAAAUGUCUUGCACACUCCUGAGUGCUGGCCACAUCAUCAGAAAUAUUUUAGCCUUUUUUUCACAGAAGACAGAUUGUGCAACAUGAAAAUGAAAGUAAAGCAUUUUAAACAUCUUUGGCACAUGUUGUUGUUCAACUGUGGGUGCAAGAGUUUAUUUUCAUUUCAUUGUGACUUUAAGGUCUGAAUAGGAUCAAAAAGUCCCUGUAAUAGGUUUUAAGUGCCUUGAAUUUGUAUUACACCUCCAUUUUUUUUGUUACCGUGUAGAUUUUAUGCAAACCAGAGGGGCCUUAAAUUGUUUACCUGACACAUUUACAUGGACCAUUAUGAGGAAAAUUGAAUGUGUACUUACAGGAUUUUACUUAAUUUGUCAAUGGGAAUGAUAAAAUUUCCUGUUUGUUUUUUUUUUUAUUUGUUUUGCUUUUUUAUUUUUAUUUUUAUUUUUUUUUUUUUUUACCUGAAAUAUUGUUCAUAAUGUACAAUCAAGCCUUUUCAAGACUUUUGUUGAUUACCUUUUAUAGAACUAUAAAAAUAUGUUAUGCAGAAUUUUGUUCAGUUUUUGUAGUUGUUUUUGCGUUAAUAUCCCAUUUGACCUACCACUGGGUUGAGGUUUUUGUGUCCAAAUGUGAAUAAGUGUGGGUUAUUUUGAGUUUUUUACUUUUUUAUGUGAGUAGCAGGGGGUUAUUUAAUAAGGUCCAUGUGGAAAAAUUAGCAUAACCCAUAACGUUGAGCAAAUGUUUGUAAUCUGUUUGAAAUUCAAUCAUGAGUUUUUAGAUUUUUGCUGCUAUAACUUUGAAAUGUAAUUCAUUUUUGUAACUACAAUAAAACAAUUAUAUAAAAUUUCA